UGUGAGCCGGCAAAUUGAAUCCAAAUUAAAUAUAACAUGUGAAUAGCCAAAUUUACUUAACCCUCGUUUCGUUUAGUGAUGAAAAAAGUCAAUUUUGAGUUUUGCUGCAGUCAGAAGUAGAUAGACUUAGAGACAGUCGUAGACACUUUGAUCUUUUAACUUUUGACAUGAAGACAGGAAUAAAUCUUAAUAUCCUUCAUACAUAACCUCUAAAUAAGAAAUGUUUAGUUUUUAUAUUGGUAACUAAUUACAGUGCUGAAAGAAAAGAGAGAAAAAAAGAAUUUAUAAAACCGGCACCUCACUGGUAGCUGGCGCGGCGCUGAUUGCUUACCAUCGGGUGAUGCAUCUUGUUUGUUUGCCCCUAUCAUAUGAAAACCUGAAAGCGAUCAAGAAUAAAAUUGAAUAUAAUGAGCAGCGCCCUAACAUGAGUAAAUAGGAAAGAACUACUAAUUCUACUCUUUGAUCUAAAAAUUAUCCUCUGUCUGCAAAGGGCUUAUGAAUUUAACUUGGUUAAAGAUUUAUUGUGCUAAGAACAUACAUUGGGUUUAGUUUUAUGGAGAAUAAUUCUAUAUUUAAUUAAUUCUUUUAGUUCGUCAGCAUAAGUUUUUCCGCAAUAAACAUAGAACCAGGAAAAGACGUGAAUGGCAUUCAGGGUCCGAAAAGAAGCGGGUGAAAGUCUUUGCCCGAUUCUACUAAUGGUUUAUGGUCCAUGUCAUAUCCGAAUAAGUAUAGCUAUCUAUUGCUCUAGCUCUGGCAGCCGAUAAUCUGACUUGGACUUGCAUAAUUCUUAUUUUAACUUUACAUACACAAUUGACAUCCCUCACUUUUCACCGUGUAUAUUUGGAUAACAAUUUUUAAAAUUCCUUUUUCUUUAUAACGUAAAAUAUUCUGAAACACCAUUGUAACAGUGAUGAGAGUAAUAGAGGUAAAUUAGUUAGGAUUGAUUGUUCUCCGAUGUCGGGGGAUCCAUUCGACUACAUAAGAUGGAGUGUAAGUCGAGCGAUAGCAAAAAAUUGUUCAAAGUAUUUGACGCGGCGAAGCACAAGAGGACUAGGAAAAAACGGGAUGGGCUCGACGAUUCCACCUCUGUUGUGACGGACGGCUCUGCUGGCGGCUGUCCACCAAACGUCGGUCGAGCACCAUCAAUGAAAGCUAGUUUACAAGAAGUAGCCGUUGUGCAGAACAUACCUGUACAGCAUGAUGCCAAUAAUUCAAAGAGGGACCGAGACAGCAGUCCUUCAAUUUCGCGGUCACCAGUCGAGGAACAGCAUCGUGGCUCCAGGUCGCCACGGCGUCAUCAUCGCCGGUCGACAAGAGAUGGAGUUUCCUUGGCUUUGAAAGCGGGUAUGGUUUCAACUCCACGGUCCAUCUCACCGCCACAGGAGGGCGAUGGAGUCGGUGGACCCAUACCACAAGACCAAGACUCAUUUAUAUACGCUUUUCUAGAGGAAGCUAUCAAAAGAGAUAAAAAGAAACAACGACACGCUCGUCGUCGGGAGCAAGAGAGACGAGUGAGUAACGAGGACUUACGCGAACGUUCUGCGCCGCGCGACAGGGAGAGACAUCGACACCAUCACAAGGACCGGCACAGAGAGAAAGACGAAAUACCUUCCCGGGAACAUAAUAAGUCAAGCAGGUCGCCUAAAGCAGUGUCUCCACGACAAGGGGGAUUAGAUCAAAACAUGCUGCUUGAGACGUUCGCCAAGUUUUGUGCGCAAAUCAAUGAUAAAAACAAUACCAGCUAUUCUAGCCAGCCUGUGCCCCGAACUCAAAGCCACAAGUCCUUACAAUGUGAAGUCAUUGACAGGCGGGACACGUAUGAAUUAGAGCGUCAACCAGUGCGGUUGAGUCAAGGGAAGUCUAGAGAGUUAGUGGCCACGUCUAGAAUACGAAGCCAGGAGAACUUCUCCUGUAGGUUACGGAGCCAUGACAAGAUCACGGUAAUGUGUGACGAGCGUGGGAAGCAAGAGAAGUGCUUGUGUUACUACGACAAAGAUAGUCCUAAAUACCCCAGCAAGUUGGAUAUCAGCAGAUCAAGGAUCCGUCCUGGGGAAGAUGAAAGAUAUCGGGACUAUCCUCCGGUUACCGUACCCACUAGAAGCUGUUUGGAUCCGUGCAGGGGCCGGGCACCAGAUGGGCGAGACUACAGGGACUACGACAGGGACUUUAGAGGACGACAUUACGAUGACGACAGGAGAAGAUAUUUUGAACAGAAGACAAGUAGGAGCUUUGAUGUGCACAGGGAAGGGUACGAGGAAGACCGGAACUGUCGCAGGACAGCACGGAGCGACACGCUCAAGGACAGGCGAUACGAAGAGAGAGACAAGAGAUAUGAAGAAAUGGGGAAAUAUUACGACGAGAAAGGGGCAGACCUGCGAGAUCGACAAAACGUGUCAAGUAAGGAUCGACGCUACAGGAGGAACGUGGAGAGGUUCGAGAGAAACUCUGUCGCUUCCAGGGAGGAGGACUAUAGAGAGAGGGAUAGAGAUAGAGAAAGGGAAAGGGAAAGGGAAAGGGAAAGGGACAGGUACUCCGAGAAGGAGAGGGAUUCGGGACUGAGCGUGGCUGACGGCGAGACGAGCACUAUGAGCGGGAGGAGUAACUGUCUGAAGGUUGUGAAGCAAGAGAUAGCUGAACAACGCGAGGCCAUGGACAAGAUGAUGAAGCUUUGGAAGGAUCUCAUGCGUUGCUUCAAGGGGAUCUCUCAGACUCAGGGCCAGGAUAAAAAUAUGCGAGAAUCAGCGGCGAACGUGAAGGAAUCGGCAGCGGCACAGUUGCGGCUGUGGCGCGAGUGUAUGCGACGGUACGAGACUGUCGCCAGGGACGUCGGAGACACUGACGCUAGGCUCAUGGAGGAGAUCAAGAAGCAGCGCUCUGAGAUGGCGGAGAUGGCCAACAUGUGGCAGGAGUGUCUGCAGCGGUACCGGGACAUGAGCAACGACUUCAACAGUCUUAAGCAACAGUUAGUGACCCCGGAGAGUCCGACGCGGUUGCCGGCCGCGCCGCUGGUGUGUGCGGAGGGCGAGGGCCCCGCGCCCGCCCCGCCGUACCGCCUGCCGACGCACUACCCGCCGCACGUGCCCCCUCCGCCCGGGUACGGCGCGGGGUCCCCGCUGCGCGGGCGGCGCUCGGCCCCGCCGGCCCCGCCCGCCUGGUGGUGGUGCGCGGAGCCCCCCACUCGCUCCCCGCGCCGCCGCUCCUCGCCAGAGUCACGCACCAGUCGCGAGCGGGAACGUAGGCAUCGACACAAGGACAGAGAUGAAUCGAGAUAUAAGGAGAAAACUACAAAACCUUCUGCUGCACGUUCGGAGCACAGACACAGAAAAAGAUAACAUGUUUCAGUAGUAAAUUCUAGUAACGACAACACUGCCACAACAUGUUCUCACGACGCACACGACAAAUUUACUAAAGUUUACAACUAAGAAAAAAUGUAUAAUUAAAGAAAAUUCGUGCGAUGUGUUCGCUUACUUAAAUUACAUUGUUUUUGACUUUGAAGAAUGUGUCACGUAUCAUGUAUCAAGUGGUUUUUAACUGUUGUUGCAAGUAACACAAUUAAAUGGAUGAAAAGCC